AUGUUACUAGUUAUAUUCUUCUCUUCGAAGAGAAAAGAACGUGAUUGCGGUGAUCUCUACAAGUGGAACGGGAUAAGAAGAAAUGGUGUAUAUGAAGUAGACCCAGACGGGAAGGAAAGCUUUAAAGUGUUUUGUGAUAUGACAACAUCUGGGGAAGGAUGGACUGUGUUUCAACGUCGUCUUGAUGGAAGUGUCGACUUCUACAGAGGAUGGCAAGAUUAUAAACACGGCUUUGGCAACUUAACUGAAGAAUUCUGGUUGGGACUGGAGAAAAUUCAUAAAAUAACAGCAAAUAAAUCCAACGAACUUCUGAUUGAGGUUGAGGAUUUCUCUGGAAACACAAGAUAUGCGUUAUACAGUGAUGUGUCUAUUGCUGGUGAGGCUGACAAGUAUAGGUUGAGCAUUGGAUCUUAUUCAGGUUAGUUUGGAACACUUUAGUAUGAUUUUAAAAUUUAGUGAAAGUUUAAAAAUUCGUUAGUAGGCCUAAAGUACCCCUUACCUACAUGUACAGCACCUCGGGAAAAAAGCACCCGUCGGUGCGCGAUUUAGGAAAUGAACUGCUACAUGCCUAUUAUUCUUAUGCCUUGAUCAUGUGAAACGAUCUGCCAAAAGUCGGUUUUCUCCGGGUGAUCCGGUUUUCUCCCACAGGGAAAGUUGACAGGGUGGGUUAGGAUACACACAGUUAAGAGGCUGUCUCCGUAAAAACCUCCAGGUCAAUACGGGGCUCAAAAAUGGAUUUCUCUCAUACUCUAGUAUUUUGAAGAUCUAUCCUUGGGAACAACUAAAAUUGAUUUCAUUUUACUCAAAUUUCCUUUAAAUUAUUUUUGGGGGCGAUUGAUGUUCGAUCGGCUUGUAACCAACUUGAACUCCGAAUGAAGACAAAAGUGAUAUCGACAUAUUUUCAGCGCUAUUUUUUAAAUCAAACUCAUACCUAAAUUUCAAAAUUUUGCUCAGAAAUAUAGACUUUUCCUUCUAUUUUCGUUGGUGAUAUGACUUAGAUAAUUAUUCGUUGGUGUAAAAUAGAAAACAGCGCAGUUAUUGACCCUCCUGAACGAAUAACGGAUAUCGUCUCCAAAUAUAUCAACUUUGAAAGCUUACUGUAUUUCAAAAUCGUGGCACUUGAUUGGCAAAUGACUUUAACUUUUCUAUAAACUACUAACAUUAGUCAACACAAAUCGCCAAUAACAUCUUUCUGAUUUACCAUUUGACAAAAAUAACAAGCGCGCAAAUCUUUGUAAAAUUUGAAAAUGUGUCGAAUUCGAGCAUACUUUAUCGGUAAACCUAAUUAUUGAUAUUAACAGAUAAAAUCACCUUACACUACACUACACUACACUGAAUGAAGCUUGAUUAUGUAAAUAUUAUGUCUUUCAUCAUUAUUUCUUGGUUUGGCACUUGAUUCAAAUUGUUUGAGUACAGUUUGGCUUCACGGAUAGAGUCAUUCAUUGCCAGUGUGUCCAGUGUCUUCUGCGCGCCUCAAUGCCACGAGUCCUGAUUGUGACAUACUACACAAACUUCGCUCUGUUUGCUUUGUUUACCUCUUUAACAAAUACCUUUGCCUUUUAACAGUUAACAAUGUUCAAUGAAAUUGGAAAACUCAGAAUUAGUCAUACUACAGACAGAACUUUUAUCGUUUUUGUGGUUAGCCCGUUCGCGGUCUAACCAUUAUGCACACGCUAAAAAAAGUUGUGAAGGUUGUGAAGUUGUGAGGGAGCGUGUUCGACUUUACUUCGGAAACUGUCGUUAAUGGCAUGAGGCGAUGAUAUUGAUAAUGCACAGUCCGCACUCCAGUGACUCCACAGAUCUGCGAAUAAAACAUCAAUAUUUCAUCACAAAUAAUGUAGGUAAGCCAAUCAUUUUCCAUCUCUAGUCAUUUAUAAUGCUAAAAACAUCGCAAUUGUGGUCUGCUCUGACAAAAAAUUCACGAAGUUGAACGAAGCCAUUGUUGCUUGCACUGAUCAUAGAUCAGGCGCUUACUGAGGUCCACGUAUCAAAUACAAACUGAAAUAAAAACUGAAAUAUAAAAUCAAAUCAAACUUGCCAUUAGGGCCAUGGACUGGUUAACCCAUUCAAAUACCAAGUCCAAUACUUUCCCCUUGACGACAAAAAAUUCUGGCGUUAAACAGCUUAAAAUAACAAAUUAGGGCAAACUGAGGCAAAUUGCAGCUUAACUUGCUCCAACUCUAUCAUUACAAACUGUAAAUCUUUAAUAGUAAUUCCUAUCCAGACACAAAAUUUGGUUAUAAUUCAGUAAUUUGAAAAGUGCUGUUGCAUCCUUAACCUACUAAACUGCUGGCAUAUAUUAAAACAUAUAAGGAAAGCUAUAAGGGCAUAGUAAUAAUAUAACAAGGAUUUGGUUUAUAAACUGUUAAUUUCUAGAGAUGAUAACACAAUACAAACAUGGAAUUCACUAUAUUCAUAUUUUUAAUUAUAUGUUUUAUAAGUCUAAACCCCUUUUAAUAGUUCUCUGAUAUACAAAUCUUCUGAAAACUUUAAUAUUAUCAAGGUUUAUAACGAACCGACUUUAUAUUAGAAUUGAGACUCUUUUUAGGUAUUUUAGUACUACAGUAGCAAUUAUUAAACACGGUACAUUGUAAUUGUUUUGUUCUUUAUUAAAUAUUUGCCCUUUCCAUGCGCUCUUUCAACCAUUAGAAAUAUAAUAGCGUUAAACGGCUAAAUUAUGCUGGAGGAACCACAAAUGUCUCUACAUUUAAAGCUUUUUCAAACUGUCAGAGACGCGAAUGGACAAGAUUACAAUUAAUUGUGACAUUUUUCUCCGACAACAGCACUCUUCGGGCUCCUGCCGGCUCUAUACUGAUCCUGUUUCACAAGCAAUAUUUUCUUUAUUCAGUCGCUAACACACCUUUUGUAUCCCACUAUGAAGAACAUCAACAUUUCCACCAAAACCCCGAAAAAAUCAUCAUUUUAUAGACGAAACAAUAAAAUAUUUCAAACAAUUUGUUUUGCUUUUGCCAACGCAUGCGCAGUUCGGUCGACAUACAGUUUUCUGCAUGUCUGACAUUGAUUAUCCCAGAGCCUUCGUUUCCUUCCCAAGGAUCGCAGGCUCGGGGAACGAGAUCGAAGAAAUGUAUACUCGCUGUGAUGUCAAAUGUCAAUAUUUCGUUAGUUUUGCCCAGGAUAGUUUUCUAGCAACUGAAUUGUCUCUAGGUUUAGAAACAAUUAUCAAUGAACCUAGAAUUCAAAUAAGUCACGGUUCUGUAUAAAAAAACAACUUUUUCAGGCCGACCCUGGGUCAUUUUGCUCAAAGCUAUAAGCUUCAAGAAUUUAUAUUAUUUCUUAUUGUAUAAAAAUAUGUGAAUAUUUUGAUAUAAUACAAAACAAUUCAGCGCGCAAACAGCUGUACCCAUUUGAACGUCUCAGUUAUUUAAUCAAUGUUAUUCCUUUUUUCAGUAACAAUUAGAAAGGUUCAGAAAAUUAGAAUUAAUUAUUUUAUAUUCUUCUUUCCGACAAGCUUUACAGUAAAGAGUGACAAAUUUGCAAGUAAUAACUAAUGUCAUUCGUACACGCCAGCAACUUCUAAGAACAGUCUACUGUGUCUCAGAAUUUUCCACACCCAGAAGUAUAAAAGGAACAUUUCUACAUUAUUGCUUACCUUCAUUCUCAUAUGUCAACAUAAAAUCUACUGUCUGUCGAAAUCGUUUCCCAGCGGGCAAAAUUAUGUUUAUCCAACGUUGAAUCAACGUUGGAAAUGACCUUCCAGACGUUGGAUAGACGUUGAAAAAGGGUUGACUAUGCAAAUUGGAUCGACGUUACUGUUUCGACGUUGAAACAACGUUGAAAUUAGGUUGCCAAUCUCGUCAACCAUAAUUCAACGUUGAAUCCACGUUAAAACAACGUUGAGAUUGGUUCACAAAUCGACGUCGUACAUUUAACCAUGAAUGAACGUUAAUUCAACGUCUGUUGGCUGCUGUUGAACCAAUGUUUGUAAAACAACGUCAGAGCUACGUAGAUAUUAGGUUGUCGACGUCGCAACCUUUUUUCUACCAAAUUUCCACGUUGAAACAACGUCGUGUGCCCGGUGGGUUAGGUUUACCUAACGUUGCGUGACAACAAAUUGCGGCUGUAUAUUAGUAGUAGUGAACAUCAUUAUUGUAAACACAAAAACCUCGUGCAACACUGUCUUAGACUACUAUUUAAUGCAGUACAAAGAAAGGGAAAUCAGAGAGCAACGAAACAUUUCAUCGUCUUUGAUAUUAACUAUAUGCUUUGAUUGACAUGUUUACGCUCAGAGAGCUUCUUUCGGCCAGGAGUUUUCCUCGAGAUUAGUUCGUACAUUCUAUAAAAAGAAACUUUAUAUAACAGUUUAAGAUAAACAAACCAAUGAAAAUUAUGUCUGUAGUAUGACUAAUUCUGAAUUUUCUAAUUUCUUUGAGAAAUUUUAUUUAUAGGAGGUAAACAAAGCGAACAAAGCGAAGUUCGUAUGUCACAAUUAGGACUCAUGGCAUUGAGCUCGAGGCGCACAGAAUUCGAACACACUGGACACACUGGCAUUGAAUGACUAUCCUUGAAGCCAAACUGUACUCAAACUAUCUAUUUUUUUUCGAGUGCAAAACCAAAAAAUAAUGAUGGAAAACAUAUAUUUACAUAAUCAAGCUUCAUUCAGUGUAGUGUAAUUUGAUUUUAUUUGUUAAUAUCAACGAUUAGGUUUACCGAUAAAGUAUGCUCAAUUUCGACACAUUUUCAAAUUUUACAAAGUUUGCGCGCUUGUCAUUUUUGUCAAAUGGUAAAUCAGAAAGAUAUUAUUGGCGAUUUGUGUUGACUAAUGUUAGUAGUUUAUAGAAAAAUUAAACUCAUGUGCCAAUCAAGUGCCACGAUUUUGAAAUAAGCUUUCAAAGUUGAUAUAUUUUGAGACGAUAUCCGCUAUCCGUUCAGGAGGGUCAAUAACUGCGCUGUUUUCUAUUUUAUACCAAAGAAUAAUAAUCUAAGUCAUAUCAUCAACAAAAAUAGAAGGAUAAGUCUAUAUAUAUAUAUUUCUGAGCAAAAACUUUGAAAUUUAGGUAUGAAUUUGAUUUAAAUAAUUGCCCUGAUCAUCAAUCGCCCCCAAAAAUAAUUUAAAGGAAAUUUGAGUAAAAUGAAAUCGAUAGUUUAGUUGUACCCAAGGAUAGAUCUUCAAAAUACUAGAGUAUGAGAGAAAUCUAUUUUUGAGCCCCAUAUUGAGCUGGAGGUUUUUACGGAGACAGCCUCUUAAGAAAGUAAUACUCGCAAUUGUUGUAAACAGGCAUGGUGGAAGAGACAUGAGUGCGGAGUACGGAGUCGGAGUACGGAGUGGGAGUACGGAGUACGGUGUGCGGAGUACGGAGUACGGAGUCUGUCAAAAAAUUGUUUAUUUUUCCUUAAUAUUCGAUUUUAAGCAGACUCAGCGUUUUCCCAGCUUGAUGGAGGCAUAAAGUGGAAAACGCGGAGUCCGCCAAAUAAAUGUUAAUUUUGCCUAAAGAUUCGACUUUAUUUUAAACGAAAUUUUGUACCAAACGAAAGCACAUGUGAUGUGACUCGACGUAGCAAGUGCUCUCAUUGCCAAGCCCAAGAAUUCCUUAGAUUUGAAUGUCGGUAAAAACUUGCAGAAAGUCUGUUUACGCUUGCAAUUACACUUGCAAUUUCCAGCAAGAUUUUUUAGUGACAAUCUGCCGAAUGUAAAAACCCCGCGAUUGUGACAGUACUAACUUUUGUGCAAUUUGCAGCAAUUUUAUGGCUUGAAAAUUAAAAAUAAAUUUUCAAUACUCCUCUAAUAAAUACAAAAUUUUGUUCUAAUUAGGUUGUUUAUGGCUGUUUUCUUUUAUGUGAUUUGGCUGUAGUCAGGGUAGGAAAGAAUUUCCGGCUGAGCUAUUAUAUAUCUGCACCUCUAAAGCGAGUAAAGCGUGAUUUUAAAGACUGUUUUUGAUUAUCACUUGGCACACACGAAUACCAACAAUUAUUGCGGCGUCUGCGCUUUAUAUUCUGCCUGAGCGUUUCUUCAUAGUUUGUUAGUUUGUUCGGAUCAAUAGCUUCAUUUCCUUAACUGAUCGCCCAGUAAAAUUCGUUGCAUUUGCACGUGCUCUGAAUUUCCUCUUCUACGGGAAAAUUAUAAUUAUUCUUGAACUCUCAGGACCGCUUCUUUGCUGCCCUUUAUGCACCCAACAAGGAAAAAAUACUACCAAAUCAUGCAGUUUAAAAGUUUGUAUCUCUAAACAGCAGUUAUUCUAACGAUUUAUGGCCUUUGAAAGGCAAGCGAAAUUGUCAUAUUGUUGACAAACCGCUCAAUGAAAUCUUUAGACAAAAUAAACAAAUUUUUGACAGACUCCGCGUUUUCCACUUUAUGCCCCCAUAAAGUGGAAAACGCGGAGUCUCGUUAAAAUCGGAUAUUUAGACGAAAUAAUCGAUUUUUUGACAGACUCCGCGUUUUAUCCCCCCGUAAAGUGGAAAACGCGGAGUCUGUCAAAAAAUUGUUUAUUUUGUCUAAAAAUUUGAUUUUAAUCAGACUCCGCGUUUUCCACUUUAUUGGGGCAUAAAGUGGAAAACGCCGGAGUCUGUCAAAAAAUAUACAAUUCCCAUUAUAGACCGGCUAUUUUAAAACUAGGCAAGGAGAUGCAAAUAAAUCACAACAGCUAGAAAGGGCAUACUGAAAUGAGUAAAAUUGCAAAGUUUGGAUGCGAUAUGGCUUGCAAAGUUCGCAAAUUUUGUAUACUUUUGUAUUGCGUGCUGAAAUUGCCGUACCACAUUUGAGCCGAAAAUGGUAGCAAUUUCCGCAUGCAAGGUCACAUGCAUAAAGUAAAUUCCUUGAUUCUCAUCACUAUACAUUGAAAAUUUCGAAGAGAUUUUACAUUUAUAUAAUUUAUAUAUCUGUAAAUAAAAAAAUAAUUCUUAAUAUUUCAGUGUGAUUUCUGAAGUGAAGUGUCACAAACCGAAAUAAACAUAUUACAUUACACAUUUCUGUCAUCUCCAACGUAUCUCCACGAACAAUGAACGAACCUUUGACCUUUGAACAUAUUAAUGUAUAAUGAAAUAUAUAAACAAUUUCACGAGGCUCUGAUCUUAAAAACAGUCGGGCGGUGCUGAGAAUCAAGGAAUUUAUUUUAUGUGACCCAAUAGUACCAAUAGGUCCAAUACAAAAUUGUACAAAAUUUGCGAACUUUGCAAGGCAAUAUUUUCCGCAUUUUACAACAUUUCGCAACCAAACUUUGCAAUUUUACUAAUUUUUGUAUGCUCUUUCCAGGAAUAUACUUCUUUGCCAAGAUAAAAACCAGUCUAUAAUGGGAAUUGUCCAUUGUUUAUUUUGCCUAAAGAUUUGAGCAGCUUGUCAACAAUACAAUUUCCCUUGUCUUUCAAAGGCCAUAAAUCGCUAAAAUACUGCUGUUUAAAGAUACAAACCUUUAAGCUGCACGAUUUGGGCAUAUUUUUUCCUUUUUGGGUGCAUAAAGCGCAGCAAAGAAGCGGUCCUGAGAGUCAAGAUUAAUUAUAACUUUCCCGCAGAAGAGGAAUUUCAGAGCACGUAGUGCAACGUCAACGAAUUUUACUGGGCGAUUAAGGAAAUGUCCAGGGCCGUCCCGAGAGACUCGCUUCAGGGGGGUGUUUGGUUAAAUCUACCUGAAAGUAUCAAAAGUUCGAAAUUUACCUGAAACAUUUUUUUUGUACCUGAAAUUUUUUUGGGUGACCUCCCCCCUCCCCAGCCAAAAAAUUUUCGGGAUCAGCAAUUUUCUCCAUUUAUCAAAAAAAAAAUUCUAAAAUCCAAAAAUGUUCUAUAAUUUUCUAAAGUUUUUGUAAAUUAACCUCAUUCUUUUCCAAAUUCACAUUUAUUUUUGUAAAUUAACUUUCUCUGAGCCUAGAAAUUACCUGAAUUUGUGUUCAUUCACCUGAAUUUCUUCUGCAAAUCUCCCUGGAUUUACCUGAAAUUGCCCACAUGAACAAUUAUCAGGGGUUGUUGCACCCCUCCCCCCACACACACACACCCGGUCGCUACGGCCCUGGAAAUGUCGCUAUAUUGAUCCGAACAAACUAACAAACUAUGAAGAAACGCUCAGGCAGAAUAUAAAGCGCAGACACCGCAAUAAUUGUUGGUAUUCGUGUGUGCCAAGCGAUAAUCAAAGACAAUCUUUAAAGUCAUGCUUUACUUACUUUAGAGGUGCAGAUAUAUAAUAGCUCAGCGUGAAAUUCUUUCCUACAGGCUACAGCCAAAUCACAUAAAAGAAAACAGCCAUAAACAACCUAAUUAGAACAAAAUUUUGUAUUUAUUAGAGGAGUAUUGAAAAUUUAUCUCUCGUGAUUUCAAGCCAUAAAAUUGCUUCAAAUUGCACAAAAGUUACUGUCACAAACGCGGGGUUUUUACAUUCGGCAGAUUGUCACUAAAAAAUCUUGUUGGAAGUUGCAAGUGUAAUUGCAAGCGUAAACAGACUUUCUGCAUGUUUUACCGAUAUUAAUCUAAGGAAUUCUAGGACUUGGCAAUGAGAGCACUUGCUACGUCGAGUCACAUCACAUGUGCUUUCGUUUGGUACAAAAUUCCGUUUAAAAUAAAGUCAAAUCUUUAGGUAAAAUUAAAAUUUAUUUGGCAGAUUCCGCGUUUUCCAGUGGAAAACGCGGAGUCUGCUUAAAAUCGAAUAUUAAGGAAAAAUAAACAUUUUUUUGACAGACUGCGUGCAGGUGUUUAUUCACUGAUUAUUAGAGAAGAAAAGCAAAAGCAGAUUUGUUCAUUAAAGUUGAACAAAUCUGCCAUGAUUGCUCUUCUAUCUGUCAUUAAUGAUUGGCUCUGCAUGGCCAUUCUUCUAGUUAUUGUGGUAGGGUGUUUCAUAUGUGUCCCUUGUUAAUUUUGAAGAGCAAUGUUAUCUGCCACGUCAGGAAUGCAUGGGUGGGAACUAUUAAUUUAGAUUGAUAUGUAAAUAGAUAUGAGUAGAAUUACGUAUAGGUAUAAAAAUUAUCGAUAUUUAUAAUAUAUUUUUACAUUAUAUCUACAUUUGAAAACAUUUAUGUUCUAGGAUAAUUAAUACUUUCAUUACCUGCAUACUAUAGUGCAAGUACUGCAUGUCCGCGUGUUUACUAGCCUGUAGCUAGAUGAUGCCAUGAGUGUACGACACUUUUGAAGCGAUGGGUGUUAAUAUAAGACAAUUGAUAAGCUCGAUUGUGUCUUAAGUUUUAAUAUGGCAUAUAUACUUUUUUUGCUAAGAGGUGAUGUAACUUGUGAUUUUAAUCAGCGAACAUUGAUCGAAAAAAAAAGUAUAACAUAAAUUUUGGCGACAUGUGUACAGCGUCAAUGAAAUGAAAUACGCGGGAAAAGACCCAUUGCAAAGACGUCACAAAUCCUUAGAGUCCUUCAGAUGCUCCCUAACAAUAUCUGUUCGGGUACAACAACCAUAUAUACAGCGCAAUAAUUAACCAUUUUGAUACAAAAUUAUUUUAAAGUUUUACAAAUUUUGCUUUCAAUUGUUUACAAAAGUUAGAUUAUGCAUAGAUUUCCAAUUUGUCCUCCAGAUGCAUCGUCACCGGCGCUGUGACGUCAUGUGCCAUGGGUCUAUAUAUACUGUAAACGUGCCUAAAAAAAUAUGGUAUGUAUAGGGGUAAGACUUGAGAAUUUAAAGGAACACCUUUUUUAGUCCAAUUUUCCUUUCUUACUAUCUGGUAAAAUCUUAAAGAGUCAGAUUGAAUUUACUUAUAUAUGCUGAAUAUAAUGUACAAAAAAUUUGUAGGGCCAAAUUUUCCAACGUUUUCAGGGAAAAUUUGAAAACGACAGGCACGGGAUCAAAGGAACAGUCAGUAAACUAAACUUUCUUGUUGAUGUAGGUACAUCAGGAGAUGCUAUGAGAUUCUCAGAGGAAAUGGCGUUCACAACAAAAGAUUCAGAUAACGACGCAUCCAGUUCUAACUGUGCACUGGAAUACGAAGGCGCAUGGUGGUACAGCCACUGUCAUAACGCAAAUUUAAACGGUGUUUAUUAUAAAAUAGAUCAGCAUCCAACUCCAUUUGGGCAUGGUUUAAACUGGAAACAAUGGAAGGGACAUUAUUAUUCAAUGAAAAUAGCAACAAUGAAAUUAAGAGCUGUUUAGGGAAGAAACAUUCUCAUGCAGGGCAAACAAGACAGCAAAUUAGGCCACGAGAAUGGGCCAACAAAUAACUUUCUGUCGUUAGUUUAGAAUAUCACUAAACUUCCUCACAGGAUAGAAUUUGACAUUCCUAAAAAUC